ACACCCCGCUGCUCGCACAGCCUAUAAAGCGGGACGAAGGGUUCUGUCUUCCGCUUCCGCCUUCGGGUACUUGAGGCCGCCGGUGGCCGUGUUCUUGCUGGGGCCGAGGGUUUGGUUUCCCCCUGACGUAAGUCUUUCCUCCCUUCAGGCACACCACCAUCCUCCGACUUGAGCCGCCUUCCUGCGGAAGCUUUGUGAGGCCGGAACCUUUGUGCUGCCGGAACUAAGGUUUCGUAGUUUGCUAGCGGCCGGAAGGCCACAUAAAUAGAGCCAUACCAGUUCAUUUCUGGCGGUCGAUCGCUGGAGUUCCGGUGAGAGGAUCGGCGAGGGAGAUCUUCAGUUCCUGAUAUGCACCGACCGAAUUUUCGACCCCCAACUCCUCCGUACCCCGGCCCGGGGAUAGGAGGCUGGGGUGGCGGAAGCAGCUUCCGGGGUGCCCUGGGCGGGGGGCCGCGGCCGCCCUCCCCGCGGGACGGGUACGGGAGUCCGCACCACACUCCGCCGUGCGGGCCCCGGGCUAGGCCGUACGGGAGCAGCCACUCUCCGCGGCACGGCGGCAGCUUCUCGGGGGCCCGCUUCGGGUCUCCGUCCCCGGGGCUCUACCCAGGCUCCUACUCCAGGUCCCCCGCGGGGUCCCAGCAUCAGUUCGGCUACUCCCCAGGGCAGCAGCAGACCUACCCCCAGGGUUCUCCAAGGACAUCUACACCAUUUGGAUCAGGGCGUGGUAGAGAAAAAAGAAUGUCUAAUGAGUUGGAAAGUUAUUUUAAGCCUUCAAUGCUUGAAGACCCUUGGGCUGGCCUAGAACCAGUGUCUGUAGUGGAUAUAAGCCAACAGUACAGCAAUACGCAAACAUUCACAGGCAAAAAAGGAAGAUACUUUUCUUAACUUUUCUGAAAUUCAACUGGAAACUUCAUGUGUCAGGAACACCUUGGACAGAACUUGUACUUGUGUAAAUGAGUUGAACCCAAAGAUGAUGACUUUGGAAGUGAUUAGCAGACGCUCGGGAUAUCUCUAACUUUGUCAAGUGUUGUUGAUGUUAGAGAAGAUGAUAGGAUCAUUUGCAGUAUUAAGGUAUCUGGGAGUGUGUACCACAUUCAGAAAACCACAGUUUCUAAAAUAACAGAUAUUUGGUUUUUUUCAGUGGUUUAAAAUAAAACAUUUUUGUCUUCCUAGUUAAAUUGUGGUUUUGUAGAAGUGCUAAUAUAAUGCUUCAUAAUCACUUAGAAUUUGAGGGUAAAUGUUUUGUAAACUAUUUUUUUAGUAAAAUAGAUAAGCUACUCUUGACAGUUCUAUAUUUAUUAAUGAAAAUCAUUCUACAUUCAUAUUUUAUCUAGUAUUUUUGUUAAAAUAUUGAAGCUUAAAAUCACUCAACAUAAUUUCUACACUUUUAACUAGGAAAGGCAAGAAUAAAUCAUGUAUGUGCAGGUCAAUGGCCUACCCAAAUUUCUCUAUAUUUUGAGCAUUGUAGAUUUAUUUUCUCUUGAAGUAAAAGUAGAUGGUGAGUUGAUUUCUUGUCAUUGUGAUAAAAUGCCAGACAAAAACAUGGAAGGAAUUGUGGUUCAUAGUGUCUACAGUUUCAGUGGAAGGUCAGCUAGAUCCAUUAGUUGGGUCUGGAAGUGAGCCAGAAUAUGGCUGUGGGUAUGGCAGAUGCUGCUCAUCCUUGGCAGUCAAGCAGCAGAGAGUAGAGAAGCCUUUCCAGGACACUUUUACCUUCUACCUCCCUGUAGUACCAUCAUGUGAACCAUUAAGGUAUUAACCCACUGAUAGUAACUCAGUGAUUAGACAAGUGGGGAGACCCUUCAUAUCCAUACUAUAACAAAUGACUAGCAACAAUCUCAAGUCACUUCCUGGACUUGAGUAAGGGUUAAUUACCUUGACUCAUGGACACUUUUUGUUGUUGUUUUUUGAGACAGUGUUUCUCUGUGUAGCUUUGGAGCCUAUCCUGGCACUCACUCUGGAGACCAGGCUGGCCUCGAACUCACAGAGAGUCCCCCUGCCUCUGCCUCCCGAGUGCUGGGAUUAAAGGCAUGCGCUACCAACGCCUGGCUCUUGGACACAUUUCUAAUCUGAGGGAGAGUUCUGUGAACUUUAGUUCAUUUUGCCUUCCUGGAGUAGAAGGGAAGGGGGAUAAAGUAUGAAAGAAUAUUCCCCAGUUAUUUAAAAUAAAGUCUUGAACAGUGCAUUCUGUUGAAAAAUUUAUCAAAAUUCUCCAAAAGAAAAAUGAAAUGGCCAUUCCUGCUAGUUGAACCAUACAUAUUAGCUGAUAAGGUCUUUAAAAGGCAAAAAUAAAUAAAAUACAGAAAGAUUUUAUGUAAAUAAAACAUCCAUUGGAACCAGAACUUUGAAAUUUUUCUGAGUUUUUGGCUAGAUGCUCCAGUUUUAUCAUGUAAAAUGAGGAAAUUCAUAGUACUUAUGUUCACUUAUCCCUGUAUUCUGAGUUUUUAGAACAGUGCCUGCAAAAUAAUAGGUACUACAUAAAUGUUUAAUAUAUAUUUUGGUUAUAACUAUUUUAUUGCUGUGCUUAGUCCCAUGUGUAUAAGGGUUAAUACAAUAAUGUUAUAUGGUUAUUUGAAAGAAAACAUCCAUUUUCAACAUCAUGGGUUUUUUUCAUGUGUCAUAUUUCAUGAAAAUGAAAGCAUUUUGUAAAAAUGCUUAUUGAACUUCAUAAAUAAAAAAUAACAGUUGAAAACAAUUA